CAUUUGGCAUCCUUGUGUGUAUAAUUAGCAGAGUGUACACGUGUUGUGGACCCGCCUAUAGGCCCAUAUUCCUAAUGCGUUCUUUAAAUAACAAAAAAAAAGAAGUGCGUCACUGACUUUAGACCAGGUUUUAGUUGGUCAAUGGUGCAGUCUAUUUCAGUUGCCUCAAAAUAGCAACGUGCCAACAAUGUGCCUGAGCACACUUUGUUUUCAGACCAGCACACCCAUGGGCGCACAAAUGGGCUCAAAUGCAUUUGCUAUUUAAACAACGUGGUGCAGGACGUGAAAAUGAUAACUGUGUUGGGCUGAAACUAGCAAAAGACACUUCCGUCGCGCCUGGCACCAUGUGUCAUCACUGAUUGUCCACAGGUGUUACUCAUUAGCCUCAUUAGUUCAGUCUAUAAAAGCCUUGUUCACUCUGACAUUUGUUGUGAGGUUUGUAAGUGUUACACUGCAUCUCUGAGCAAUCAUCAUGAUUGGUUUUGGGGCUCUUUGCCUGUUUCUUGGAUUAGCCCUGUUGCUUGUGUUUCCUGCCUUAUUGUUUUUUCAUGAUUGAUUCAUUCUCCAGUGGUUGUGGAGCUUGGCUUACCAAGGUCACCACCAUGUACAGUUAUAAUGCUAGCCACUCCUGUGCUUUCAGUAACUUCCUGUCCUGUGGUUCCUGCACCUGAAAGAGUCUCUUCCCAACAUAGCUGCCAGUCUAGAACUUCUUCACAAGAUGGCCACCAGCCCAGAGACUCUCCACAAGAUGGCUGCCAGCCCAGAGCCUCUCCACAAGAUGGCCACCAUGCCACUGUUUCCUGCCAUCAUGGAUGUAAUGCUACAGACUUCAGCUGUCAUGGACUCCACGCCUAGGGUUGCUAACCGUCCCGUAUAUUGGGCUUAAUUUAUGUGUCCCAUACAUGACCUCCCUUGUCCUGUUUCUUGACUGUUAACCACUGACUGAUACAACAGCAAGCAGUGCUGAAUGCUGAUCUCGUGAGAAAGAUAACUGACACCAAUCACAGCCACCCUCAUGCAGUACACGUUAAGUAAAUCAGAAAUCGUGAACACAACUGUUCGAGGAAGGCUGCAGAAUCCUCUGCCGGCUCAUCGCUCGUGCAAACGCCAAUUCCGUCUUUGUUUUGACUACAGCUAAUCAGUUUUGGCAACUACAAACAGCGUGAUUAUUUUUCAUGAGUCCAACAUCCAGCUGUGCAUGAAAACAUGCAAUCUACAUGAGACACGAUCAUUUCUUAAACAUCAACAUUGGUUGGCCAGGAAGUGUCCACGACUCCAGGGUUCUUCGGAAUUCUGUCAUAUAUGAGAAGGCAGAAAGAGGAGUCCUCUUUCCAAACACCACUGAGGAGAUCGAAGGCACCCAAGUGCUCAUCAUGCUGUUGGGGGAUCCAGCUUACCCGCUUCGGCCCUGGCUAAUGAAGGGUUACCCGGAGACUGGCAAUCUGACCGAGGACCAGCGUCAUUUCAACAAGACAUUAAGCGUAGCAAGAAUGACAAUAGAAUGUGCUUUCGGUAGACUAAAAGGUCGCUGGAGGUGCCUGGCAAAACGUCUCGAUGUGGACAUAUCACCAGUUCCCACAAUUAUCUCGGCAUGCUGCACUCUUCAUAAUAUAUGUGAAAAACACAAUGAGGCCUACAGUGAAGGUCUGAAUGCAGCUGGAUCUCCUCAUCAAGGGCAGCUGACCCAUUGUGUGCUGCAGACACCCAGCCGCUAAGAAUCAGGGAGGCACUGACCAAACAUUUUGCUCACCAAGAACGUCUUUAAAAUUUAAUAAAAGAGGUCAACAUUCCUAAUGCUGAACAUGUUUAUUUCAACUGUAUUCAAACUGUAUUCAAAUUGACAUUUUUCCAGUGUUCCCAGUAAUGUAAAAAAAAAAUAAUAAUAAUAAUAAUAAAAAAAAAAAAAAGAUUCUAUUAAGAACAGAAAUAACCUUCCUGCGUUUAAAAAAAAGAAGGCUUUUUGUACUUUAAAGUUCCUGGGUGAUUACACAUGUAAACAAAAAUAAAGACAUUUCUAUAACCCUCUAC